UAGCAUUGCUAGACAGAACUCACAUGCGGGCCUACUUGGUUGAUUGGAACCGUGCAUCAGCUGACUCUACAGCGGAUUGGCCUACGGUCUAAAAUCAUGCGGACUGGAUGGUCCUGACCAUUGGUCAGUGCCAUUCAAAGUGGAUGAUUGAAAAACAUUCAACCGGAAAUAAUCCACCAGUCGGUAAUCAGGAUCAUUGUGAUUGCUGGCGUGUGGCCUAUCCAUCGUAUGCCUAGCUCAUACAAGGUUCCGAUUAUCCAACCAUGGGUGCAUGUGGGUCCCAUCCAAUGAUUAUUGCUGGGGGGCACUUCAUCACGUCACAUGCUCUUGAUUCUAUGUAACAUUCAGCAUUGUUUUAGUUAAACUGCUGUGGAUCACUAGAACUGCUCAUGCUCAUUGAUUGCAUUCAACCUAUGUAAUAGACUAUUAGAUAGUGUUUGAUUGUAAUCAAUCUAUGUAAUAGUUUAUUACAUUGCAUUUGCGCCUAUGGGAGUUUUAUUCUCUCAUUGCCAGUCCCCAGCUUGGAUAAAGGAGGAGGGCUGUGUCAGGUUGGCAGCCUGCAUAAAAAUUAUGCCAUAACGUGAAGCAAUUAAGGAACAACAUGUUCAUAGGAUGUGUAGCUGAAAUGAGAAUAUUGAGAUGGAUGAGUGGCAAGAUGAGCAAGGAUAUAAUUAGAAAUGGAUGCGUUGAAGGUUAUGUAGGAGCAGCACCAAUAGGUAAUAAGAUGAAGGAAAGUAGACUUAGAUGGUUUGAUCAUGUGCAACGAAGGAGACCAAGAACCAUGCCGGUUAAAACGAAUGAGUUGGUACAAGUUGAAGGUUCUAAGUGGGAAAAGGGAAGGCCCGAAAGGACAUGGAUGGAGGUAGUAAGAAAAUACUUGAUGACCUAUGGUCUAACUGAAGAGACCAUCAUGCAAAGCGCUACAAAUCACGACAAUGCAUUGCUAGACUUUCACAUGACGCCGGGUGCUGAAACUCGUGGGGGUGAGGAUCGUGCAAUGAUGGAAAGCUUUGAAGGAGCCGAAAACAUUGAACCAUACGAGGGUUUGGAGUUUGAAUCUGAGGAUGCUGCAAGGGUAUUCUACAACGCAUACGCGAGGCGUGUUGGGUUUGGGAGUCGUAUUGGGAAGAAUCUCCGUUCGAGGAAAGAUGGAAGAACUAUUGCGCGGAAAUUUGUAUGCUCCAAAGAAGGCUUCCGUGCAAAGAAACAUCAAAACAACGCGAACAGAGUUAAGCGACCAAGAGCGGUAACAAGAGAAGGCUGUGAGGCGAUGAUGAUGGUAAAGAAAACAGAGGUUGGAAGAUGGGUUGUUACAAAGUUUACAAAGGAGCAUAAUCACGUGCUCCUCAGUCCAAGUGAAGUGGUUCUCCUUCGAUCCCAUAGGAAUGCUUCUGAUAUUCCAAAAGGCCGGAUUAAAGUUUCUGAUGGAGGGAGAAUGGACGCAAGUAAAACAAUGUCUAUUUUUGGGGCUGAAAGUAGUGGAAUUAGCACUAUUGAAUUCACAGAGCAAGACUAUGGCAACCAUAAUCAAACCGGUCCAAAAAGAAAGAGGAACCUUGGAAGAGACAUUGAGAAUGUCCUAGACCAUUUUAAGCGUAUGCAAUCUGAGAAUCCUGCAUUCUUUUAUGCAAUAAAAGUUGAUGAGGGGCGGUCUUUGUGCAGUAUGUUUUGGGCUGAUGCAAAGUCGAGGAUGGCUUGCAAUUACUUUGGCGAUGUAGUUUAUUUCGACACGAUUUAUAAGAUGAAUCAAUAUGAAAUGCUGUUUGCUAUAUUCACGGGAGUGAACCAUCACCAACAGUCGACAGUUUUUGGUUGUGCACUACUUCUUGAUGAAACAGAAUCGUCGUUCACUUGGCUAUUUAAUACAUGGCUUGAAGCAAUGUCCGGACACCAUCCUGUCUCAAUCAUUACCGACCCAGAUGCGGCUAUUGGAGCAGCAAUUGCGCAGGUAUUCCCGAAAACCCACCACAUAUUUAACAAGUGGCACAUCUUAAAUAACGCCCCGAAACAGUUGUCUCAUGUAUAUGUGGCAUUUCCUACUUUCCAAGGGGAACUUGAGAAAUGUAUUAACCUAACGGAGACAAUUGAUGAGUUUGAGUCAUGUUGGGAGUCGCUUGUUUAUAGAUAUGAACUUAGGGAGAAUGAAUGGCUUCAGUUACUAUACAAUGCUCGCCAAAAAUGGGUUCCAGUAUAUUUGCAGGGCACAUUCUUUGCACAAAUGCCUUCAACUGUGCGGAGUGAUGUUGUAAACUCAUUUUUUGAUUGGUACGUGAAUGCAAGCACGACAUUGCAAGAGUUCAUUAUACAAUAUGAAAGAGCCUUAGACACUUGGUAUGAAAAGGAACUUGAAGAGGAUGUACAAACAAUGCACUCCAAAUCAGAAUUGAAAACAAGGUUGCCGACUGAAAAACAAGUAGCGGGCAUUUAUACGAGGAAAAUGUUUCUGAAAUUUCAAGAGGAAAUAUUUGAAAGCCUUGGUUAUAUUGCAAAUAAAGUCAAGGAGGAUGGGGCAAUUGCCAUGUACCGAGUGGCAAAAUAUGAAGAUCAGAAAAGAGCGCAUACUGUUACUUUUGAUGGGGCUGAAAGGAGAGCCAGUUGUAGCUGCCACAUGUUCGAGUUUCUAGGCAUUCUUUGUAGACACGUGUUAAAAGUUUUCACAAUAUCAAAUGUCUCAACUCUUCCAUCUCCUUACAUCUUAGAGCGCUGGACAAGAAACGCCAAGAGUCGGGAUGUGUUGGAUGAACGGGGUGUUGCAAUUCAAGCUAAUUCUCGAGAAUCUGUGAACUUGCGAUACAAUAAUUUGUGUAAGCAAGCCAUUAGAUGUGUGGAAGAAGGGGCAGCUUGUGGAGAGAGUUAUGAUGUGGCACUCCAUGCUCUACGAGCAGCUUGGGAAAAAAUCGUUUCUUCGAAAGAAAGGUUAGAAAGAAUUGCACAGCUUGGUGCUCCAGUUAUUAGUGGUAGUAAUCAGGGAGACAUUAUCGCCACACAUUGUGAACCAGAUGAUACAACAAAUCCUUUAACUUUGUAUGACCCUCGACAAUUACAAUCAUGGCGUCUCUAGGCUUGGGCCUAACACUUUUUAUCAGGUCUGGCAUUAAUCUAGUCUUUUUUUUUCUUAUCUUUUCAUACUUUUCAUAUAUUGCUGUCUUGUUAUAACUUGGACAUGUUUUUUUUCUGAUCUAGAUAACCUUCUCUUGCAAGUUUGGGGCUUCUCAAUCGAAAUGGGUAUGUAUCAGUGAUCAUUUUCAGAAAUCAGAACUCCUUAUCAUCAUUGAGGAUUUCUACGACUUAUCAUGCUCUUGUUGCUUCUAAACUUUGAUGUGUUUUUCUUCAAUAGUUUUGUAGGAAUCCUCAGUGACUGGGGAGCAGCCUCUUCUGACCUUAAACUAUUUAGAUGUGUCUUAUUGAUAGUCUUCAUCUGAUUUACUUGUUCCUGUGUAGCCUCCUUGUUAUUUUUUUUUAAUGGAUAUGUAAGGACUAAAAGUGAAGACUUUGAACAAGAUUAGACUUUUUUAAUCUUAUAUAUAAUUUUAGAUGUAUGGAAGUGUA